AUGGAUUGCGGGGAUGGCCAGAGAAACUGGCAAAAGAAUCAAGAUUACUCAGUAAAUUUAACCACUGGAAGGUACCACUGUCCUGCAUGCAACUGGAGUUACACUCGUAGAGAUUCAAUGCUCGCGCACUAUCGAUACGAGUGCGGAAAGCCGCCGCGGUUCAAGUGUCCCUACUGUCAACUGUAUAUCCUGCCGUCGGUGAUGAUGAACGUAAAACGCCGUCACCAGCAGAACAUCUUCGGCGGCAGGUCUGGGUACUCUGUGUUGCCUCUGAUGAAGAACUUGGCGUCAAUGUGGAUGGUCAAACAGCGGAGCCAAUUUUCGUAUCGCUGUGACCAGUGUGGCAAAGGGUACCAGCAUCGCGCGACCCUAGUCAGGCACACGAGACACGAGUGUGGAAAAGAGCCACAGUUCAAGUGUCCGUACUGUGCACACCGGACUAAGCAGAAGGGAAAUCUCUAUCAGCAUAUACGCAAUAAUCAUCCCGGAAAAAAUGUCUUCACUAGUACUGAUUAG